UGUGGGGACAGGUGCUGAACGUGUGAUUCCAGAGGAGCAUCCAAUCACAUCCCUUUCGUUAUCAGGGGAUGGUAAAUUCUUCAUAGUAAACCUUAAUAGUCAAGAGAUCCAUAUGUGGGAUGUUGCAGGCGAGUGGCUUAGUCCCAUGAAAUAUAAAGGCCACAGACAACAUAAGUACGUGAUACGCUCCUGUUUCGGAGGAUUGGAUAGCACUUUCAUUGCCAGUGGUAGUGAAGAUUCAAAGGUGUAUAUAUGGAAUCGUCGAGGUUCAAAGCCUAUUGAGAUCUUGUGUGGCCAUACAAUGACUGUGAACUGUGUGAGCUGGAAUCCUAAAAGGCCUCAUAUGUUAGCUUCAGCGAGUGAUGAUCAAACUAUUCGCAUAUGGGGGCCUAACGUUCAAAGUAGAUAGUAAUGAGUAAGCUGUUGUAUGUAAAUGGGAAUUUUUCUCAGUUAAGAUUUUCGUUUGCCAUGUAAAUCUGAUAGUUUUCCGCUCGAUAUUUUUCCAAAUUUUGGCGUGUCGAUCCCCUGUAAAUUGCCACUGUUGAUUUUUUCCCGAUCCCUUCCACAGGGUAGGUAGUGAGAAGAAUUUUGACUCCUUGUAUUUGUACAAGGGCAGGGUUGAUUUCCCACCCUGCUCCAUUUUGGAUGCUAAUAAGUUUCACUUUUAUAAUGAAGAGUAUGAAGACGUUGCUUAGCCUAUGAAA